AUGCCUUCGCAGGUGGAGCACGUGCGUGCUGUUGCCAACGCGCUGGGCCGUGACUACGAGGCCGGCGUGGAGGCCGGCAGGAAUGGCGCUCGUGGGCAGGUUCGCAUCGCGGGCCCGCAGACUUUGCCUUCGGGCCUCGGCAACUGGAUCCUCACAUUCUUGACGGCUUGGCUCACAGCGGUGAGCUCGCAGCGGUGCUUCGUGAUGGACCACCCAGUGCUGCUGCGGCUGUUUGCGCCGGGAGAAUACUCGCUCUCGUGCGGGCGCGGUGCUAGUCAGCGUUGGAGCGCGUUGCGUGCGACGACCUUUAAGCAGGUGGGAGCGCAGCGGAUGGCGGCGGCGUGCGCCCGACCGGGCAACGUGGCGGUGAGCUGGAUGGCGCAGCCGUUCACAGAAAUGCCAAAGUAUGGGCAGCAUGGGCUCGUGAAGGCACUCGAGAAGGCUGGAGCGACGAAAAACGAGACGGCAGAUAUGGCAUUCAUUAAUGCCGUGGCUGCCCACUGGCUGCUGACGAAGCUGACCCCUGAGGCGGAUGCAGCGCUCAAUGAUUACCUCGAGUACCUCACCGACGGCUGCGCGGGCCGAGGCAUUGCCGCCGCGGUGCACCUGCGGACCGGCGACAAGUCCGAGCGCGCAAAUCCCACGAGCAUCAGGCAUUGGCAAGGCUGUAUGGCCGAGUGGACGGGCGGCGCCGCUGGCGGCGGUGGAGCUGGAGGAAGGGGAUGUGAGACGUUGUUCGCGAUGUCAGACAGUCCGCCGGCUAUUGACGCCGUCUUGGACUCGAUCCGAUUGCGAAUGCGUGGCAGCCGGUGGAAUAUCGUGCCGGAGCACACGGUCCGCGGCGUUCGCCCUGUGGACGUGCAGCACCGGACCCGACCGAACGUCACCCUCCCGUUGUGGUUCGGCCCGACCGGCUCGGUGCUCACGCCGGCGGAGUGGUCGGCGUUGCGUUGGCACUCUGGCAUUUUGCUGAAUCUCGCGCGGAUCAACGCUAGCUAUGUCGUGCACCACGCCUCCGUGCUGGGAUGGCUUGCGUUCAGCACCGCGCGAGAGCACCUGAUGUUGGAGGGUGGCUCAACCUUCUCAACGCGAGCCGCAUCUGGCGCGGCAUCGGGCGUGCAGGUCCACUACGACUCACAGGCGCACAAGCACACGAACUUGCGCGACGCCCUCGCGGCCCGUCGGGCGGGCGUGCUCUUCACUUACAAGCGCUACGCGAACUCCGUCAAGCGGCAGCUCAUCCAGUCCCACGCGCGGGACGCGCGGCUCCUGAUCGACAUUGGAUGUGGCCGGGGCGGGGACAUCGCCAAAUGGCGUGAUGCUCGCGUCCAUCACGUCGUCGCGAUGGACCUCUCGGCCGCGCAGCUCGACGAGGCGCGCAGCCGCGAGACGGACGGCCGGGGCGGGGGUGGGCGGGCGCACACCGCCAUCGCCUGGCGGCAGCUCAGCAUGCUGGCGCCCGACUUCGCCGAAGAGCUCGAGCCGGAGGUGGCGCGCGGCGGCGGCGGCGGCGGUGCCGACGCCAUCUCUGCCAUGUUUUGCGUCCAGUUCGCCUUUGGCUCGGAGGCAGUGAGCUCGCUGCUGCGGCCGGGCGGCAUCUUUUUCGGGACGGCGCCCGACGCAGAUGCCGUGCUGACCGCCCUCGGCGGGUCCAGCUCGGUCACGCUGCAGGUGCCCUUCGUGCUGCGGCUCAGGCUGCUGGAGGAGGCGGCAGCCGGCCGCGGCGAGGGCGGCGAGGGGUUGGGCGAGUCCGACGAGUUUGGCCGCGCUCUCUUCUUCUCCCUCGAGGACACGGACUCGGACGGGCUGGGCGACGCGCACGAGUACCUCACCUCGCGGCGGCAGCUCGCGCGCCUCGCCGACAAUCACGGGCUCGAGGCGCUGUCGCUCGAGAGCAUGCUGCGACCGGCGGGCGGCGGCGGCGGCGGCGGCGGAAGGGGCGGCUUGCCGGAGCUGAGUGAGGCUGAGGCAAGGGUAGCGGGGCUCUACUUCACGUUCGCCUUUCGCAAGCGGGGGCCGCGACGCACGCGAGCGGUACUAAGACACCCCGUCCAGCCGCCCGCGCUUCUUUUGUAG